AUGUAAAUUAACCAAGUUCAAUAUCCAAACUAAAAGUACAAAACAUAGCUCUGCAGACAUUUCAUAACAAAUGGGAAUUGUGCUUUAGGUGCAAGAUGUUAAUUUGCUCAUGGAAGAGAGGAGCUUAGAGGUAAUGCUAAUGGAUUUUAACCUAAUUCUGAUUUCAUGAUGCCUUAACAUUAAUAAGGAGUUCUUCCUGUUAAGGUUUAACCAAUUAAUCCCAUGAUUGCGAAUUAUAAGAGUAUUAUUAAGAUUAAACAUUUCAUAGCAUAAUUAUGUAAGCACUUCAAUCCACAAACUGGAUUAUGUAAAAAUGGAUUUACAUGCACAUUUGCUCAUGGUGAAUAGGAACUAAAUUAAAUUAAUCCUUAUUUUCAGAAUCAAUAUAUGCAACAGCAGCAGAUUGUGCAGCAACAAAUCAAAUAGUAAAAUUAAGCUUAAAUAUAAGCUGAACUCACCUAAUAAAUUUUAAUUAUGAUUCUUACUAACAUGGAACAUAUUUUUCCUGACUCACAAGACAUAAUAAACAUUUUAAGACAGGGCUAAGAAAAAGCAAAAUAAGGUGAUAAUUAAGGAGCGAGUGAAAUUAUUAAAUUAAUCAUUCAUGACGAGUAGAGGACUAAAGAAGAAAAAUAAUAAUAUCAAUAGAUUUACAACAAUGCUUAAAGACAUUAUGAUUCUAAAUUAAAAGAGUACUUAAAUCAAUGA